AUGCAGUUCCCCGAGUUUGAUGACCUCUACUGCAAGUUCUGCUUCGUUUACGGCCAGGACUGGGUUCCGACUGCUGGCCUGGAGGAGGGCAUCUCCCAGAUCACCUCCAAGAGCGAUGCCGCAAACUCUACACUCGUCUGGAACUUCCCCAUCGACAUUACCUUCAAGAGCACAAACCCAUCCGGCUGGCCACAGAUUGUAGUAAGCGUCUAUGGACCUGAUUUUUUUGGAAACGAUGUGGUCAGAGGCUAUGGAGCUGUUCAUGUUCCCAUUAUACCUGGAAGGCACAUAAGAACUAUUCCUAUGUUUGUUCCGGAGUCUACAUCUAGGCUGCAGAAGUUUACAAGUUGGUUCACGGGGAGACGUCCAGAAUUUACCGACCCAAGAGUUGUAGCACAGGGAGAAGGAAGAGAAGUAACGAGGGUGCGAUCUCAAGGCUUUGUGACCAUUUCCUUCAAUGUAGUGACCAAAGAUAUGAAGAAGUUGGGCUAUGAGGUGACCCCAAGUGACAUGCAGAACCACUCUCUGGUGUCUGUUACAGAAGGGAUUCAUAACUAUUAAACUCAAGAGUGAGACAUUCAAAGACUCACUCAUACAGAAGACAGCCAAUUUGGGAGCUUUUUUUUGCAAAUGGAAGUGACUGUCUGACAACCCUGAGAAAAUUUCACCUGAGACAUGGGCGCAAGCCCAUGAGGCUUUGGAAUAAUUUCCUAAGUGUAAUCAUUUCCUAAGUAUACAGGUUGAAAAAAAAGUAAAUUGGUGUCAUCAGAUAAUAUUUUGCAUUUUUGUGUAAUAUGAAAAUAUAAGAUCUAUUAUAUAAAAGUUUUUUUAACAGCCUUUUGUACACUCUUUAUAUGCAAAAAGAAGAGGAAGGUUUAAUCUUUGUAAUGGUUUCCCUGUGUUUAAAACAUCAGUGCAAACCAGUGCUGUUUACUCAUGUUUCUCUGGUAGAAAUGAGAAAUUGAAGUUAUCACACCUUCCAAAAAGAAGGGCCUGUGGAAACGUUACAGUGAAACGCAAGCGCUUUUUGCCGCCAUGCGCUUCUCUGCAAAAGCUGCCUCAGCUUUCCAUUUCAAUCCGAUAUAGUCCUUUAGAGUUUGUGCAACUAAAUAAAAUACCUCAUGCACUGUUUAAAAAAAAAACAACUCUUCCAAGUUUUUCAGUGCAGCAACCUGGGCUAAUAUUAGUACUCUUCUUUUAGGCUGAAUAAAAGCGAGUGUCUGAAUACUUA